GCAGUCAGGCGCCCGGAAGCAGCGACGGCGCGGGGUGCUGAGAGGUGGUAAUGGAGCGCUACGACAAAGCGACGCUGAAUGCGGCCUUCGCACCGGAGUUUCGGCAAAAUGAGGGUUCAUUAACAUCAACUUUAAGAACACUUCUAUUCUUCACAGCUCUAAUGAUCACGUUACCUGUUGGGCUGUAUUUUUCAUCAAAGGCUUAUAUAUUUGAAGGUACCCUAGGAAUGUCCAACAGAGACAGCUAUUUUUAUGCUGCCAUAGUUGCUGUAGUCACUGUUCAUGUGGUACUUGCUAUGUUUGUAUAUGUAGCAUGGAGUGAAGGCACUCGACAGUGGCGGGAAGGCAAACAGGACUAAAAUGAAAGCCAUCAUUAUCUGAUACCUACAGACUGUAAAUAUCAUUUCUGCAAAUGAAGAGCAUUCUUCAAAAUGUAUAAUAGAUGUAUGCAAAGAUCAGGCUGAUAUCUCAACCAUGUUCAGUUAUGAUAAGAACUGUGCUUGUCUUGGAUGUGUAGCAGUAUUUUCUGUAAUGCUGAUAGAAGUUGUAUGUGGGUGUGAUCAACUUCUACUAGAUUGAGCUGAGGAGGUAUUCACAUGAAAUCAGAAUGAAAUACUUAAAAAAAAAAAAUCACAUAGCUAUUUUUGCAAAUCUUAGUAUUUCUUCUGGCUUGCUCUGAAAAUAACGUUGGCCUGAAGCAAGCAUUAUGUUUUUUAAAUCAACUAAAUUGCUAUUUAAAAAGUAAAAUGCUUUACUUGCUGUCCAAACAAAAUGGAAAAGAUGAGAUUUCUUUUCUGUGAUUAUUCUAGAUGUGCGUUAGCUUACACUAAUUAAUCAGGUUACUACAAGUACAGUUUACUUUGUUGGAAAAAGUGGAAUAAAGGCAUUGACCCAAACUGGCAGCACUUUACGGCAAUGUGCUAGGCGGAAGCUUUGUACCUGUAGCAACUGGAAGCUGUCAGAAAAAGCAUGCGGAUGAUCUCUGAAAAUCUCAUUAAGGAACAUCCUCUGAAGUAUUCUGACCUUCCUAUCAAAACAAAACAUUGCUUUCUGACUUCAGUAAUUCAUUUUUUCAGGACAUUGCAAUUCAAUUACUUGUGUAGAAUGAAUAGGUUGUUUUUUAAGAGUAACACGAGGUAAAUAUGUUUAGUGACCUCAUCCUGCAGUUACAGUUUGAGUCCAAAACGCUAGACAGGAUUUGUCUCCUAUGAGGUGGAAUUACUCCUUGAGGAGGUUGAGUAAUUUAAAAAUUAGAACUUGUUACUUAGAAGAUCAUGGGAUGUCUUCCUAAUGUUGAAUAACCACCUUUCCUCAUUUUCAAUUGUGAUUUUUGUUACCGUAUAAAAUAUAAUCUCUAAUUUCCUUUUCUAUUGUUUUGAGAGCAUUUGUCUUAUUAGUGCAGUGCUUAUAUUUCUGUUCUUCUACAGUUAAAUCUUGAUGAAGCAUAAGAAUGGCAUAGUGGCACACUUUUAUGUCCUUACUUCUGUGUACGUACUUGAUAACUGCUGAAGGAUGCAACUGCAUUGCCUGUGGUAAACUACAGCAGUAACAGCUAUAACCCACAUUAAUGAGCAGUAGAGGAACAAGUGAGAUAUAAGAGAGAAAACAAACUGUAGCCAUCUGCAAACGUUGUCCUUUGUGAAGCAGAACACAAGAAUGAUCACAUUAUGGAAGUUUUGCUUCUCUUCAUGUGUAUGAAAUUGUACACUGUGAAAUAGUACAAUAUGUUGAGCUCUUUUUCUUCCUCAGUUGUCUGGACACUUUCCGUAGUACAACCAUGGUGACACUUUUGUGUUGUAGAAUAGUAGCCUAAAUUUCACUUCUCUGUUCAGCUGAUGUUAGCAAUCUAUUCAGUCUGUAGAGAAAACUCCUCCCCUAGGUUCCAGCAGUGCACAGAACUUUUCCUAAAGCUGUUUGCUUUUAAGUUAUUGUACUUCAGGUCUUUCUGUUAAUUUGAGCUUUCGGUUUGUUGUAUUAGUUGAGUAUUUUUUUGAAGUGUUUUGCUUAAUAUAGGACUUGGAAUGAUUUUGUUGCUACACUUGUCUUUUGUAAAAUGUACCCAUAAAUAAAACAAAAAUCAGAUAUCCAUGCCCAGUAGUGAGAGGAACUCAUUCCUCUCCUCAGACUGUAUGUGUGUGCAAGCAUACACACUGACAUUGUUAAGCAUUAGCAAUGAAAACCUACACUUCUACAUUGUAUUUCUGAAAUGUUCUCCAGCUUGCUGAUAGCAAUCUAACAACUAAUUAUGGAUGAGAAAAGUUAACAUCUCAUAGCACUGAAAUACAAAUGUAGUUUGUAUUACGGCAUGUUGGGUCCCUGUUCUCCUGUGUGUGGAACUUGCACAUUGUAGAACAAGUACUUUCAUAAGAAACUACUCUGCAAUACAAGAUGCACUAAAUAAAUGCGUGCUGAACAGUUAGAAUAAUAUCUUUAAUAAUGCUCAUGAAUACUGCAGCUUACAAGUAGAUCAGCCAUGGCAUUAUUCAGUAGCUGUGUUAAUUUAUAAUGGUGUAUGGAUGUGAAAAUGAUUGUUGUGCUUUACUGCCUGGGUCUAGUGCUCUAUCUGUUUUACUUCACACACCAGAAUUCUUAGAUGCUAGGUUAAUUUCCUAGAAAUAGUAGGGAAAUAAUAACAAAAAUCUAAGAAGCUUGAUUUAUGUGUAGAAAUCAUAAUGUCUCAGCAGCUAGACAUAGGAAAGUCUUUUCUCUUUGAAGAUAGUGUUUUGAUCAGAAAUGUUCUCCCUGAGAAAAGAGAGAAUCGUGAGUUUCUGGACAGUAACAGUCAAAUACUCCUGGGUUUUACCUUGCCUACACUUGGAAGCUGAAACAACCGCAAAGGUAAGUGCUGCAAUGAGAGCAGUCAGGUGGUGGAAUUACACCAUGAUUUGGGAGCUCAAAGAACAGAAACUACAAUUGUAUAAUGUACAAUCUGCAUGGAAUAGAUACUCUGCUGGGAGUUGUGUUGUGCCUUAAUGCCAAGAUUUAUUAUAUUUCAAGAGCUUGAUUGUAGUUUUUUAUUAAGUGUUUAUAUUUCCUCAUGUCCUUGUUAGUGCCUAGGCUAACUUAACUGGUGAGUCACAUUUUUAUUGUGUAAUGAUCAUUGUGAUUGUUCUGUUGUUUAAAUAUUGAUCACUCCACAACUGUGAUUAGUUUCCGUGUUUUGUUGCAUUGCUUUUAUUUUCUAUAAAAGAACAAUGUAAAAUUUGUAA